GGUGACAUCACGGCGCCUGGAGCGAGGCUAGGGUAGAGAGGCCGUCGGAGCUGGAGUCGUCCGCUUGUGGAGGAAGCAGCUGGGAGCUGGCGAGAGCGUGAGCGGGCGGGCAGGCGGACGAGCGAGCGCAGGUGGGAGGGAGCAGCGGCGCACGGCGCGGAGCAGCGCCAGCCCGGGCCGCGGCGGAGCCUCAGCGGGAGGGCAGCCUGAGCGGGCGCCUCGGUCCCCGCCCCCACUCGGCGGGGCAGUGCCCGGUGUUCCCCCGUGCGGGGGGCGGCGGCGGCGGCGGCUGAGCGGACCCCACGGGACCGUGCGGGUGUUGCCACCUCGGCCGAGGAGCCGGCGCGGCCGCGGGGCCCUGCGAGCUGGGCCCGGGGCCCGUGACAGACGGGCCAAGGAGGGGAGAGAGGCGGCGGCGGCGACACCAUGUCAUCCCCCAGCCCCGGCAAGAGGCGGAUGGACACGGACGUAGUCAAGCUCAUUGAAAGCAAACAUGAGGUUACAAUCCUAGGAGGACUCAAUGAAUUUGUUGUCAAGUUUUAUGGACCACAAGGAACACCAUAUGAAGGCGGAGUGUGGAAAGUUAGAGUGGAUCUUCCUGAUAAAUACCCUUUCAAAUCUCCGUCUAUAGAUCUUACCAAUAUAUUUGAGUCCUUCCUGCCCCAGUUGUUGGCCUAUCCUAACCCCAUCGACCCUCUGAAUGGUGAUGCUGCAGCCAUGUACCUCCACCGACCAGAAGAAUACAAGCAGAAAAUUAAAGAGUACAUCCAGAAGUACGCAACGGAGGAGGCCCUGAAGGAGCAGGAGGAGGGCACUGGCGACAGCUCGUCGGAGAGUUCUAUGUCUGACUUUUCGGAAGAUGAGGCCCAGGACAUGGAGUUGUAGUAGAAAAGGCGCCUGCCUUUCAGAAAGACUAUUAUUUCCUAACCAUGAGAAGCAGACUCUAAUAUUCAUAUUUAAACAAAGCAAUUUUUUUUAUUACUAAACAAGGUUUUUAUGAAUAAUAGCA